AUGAGGGGCCAGUUGCCUCGACACUUGUUCAAGAGGGCUGCGACUGUGGCGGCUGCUCCCUCGCGAAGCUGCAAGCCUCCGUCCUGGAGCAAUCAGAGCCUCCCACAGAGGAGAUACUCGACACACCCUCCUAAUGCGAAGCUCAACCUACCAAUCGACUAUGCAACAACGCCUCUCCUGGCACACACGUCGCAGUCCGCCCUGAACAACCCAGAGCUGCCGCCCGAGAUUCGCGAGGGGACAACGAAGAAGAUGAAUCUGUUCCAGUCCAUAAACGACGCUCUGUCGAUAGCACUGGCCGAGGACGAGAGUGUGCUCUUAUUUGGUGAAGAUGUCGCGUUUGGCGGUGUAUUUCGCUGUUCAAUGAAGCUCGCCGAGACAUACGGAGGCGACCGCGUCUUCAACACCCCUUUAUCAGAGCAGGGCAUCAUGGGUUUCGCCAUCGGAUGUGCUGCCGAGGGCAUGAGGCCCAUCGCAGAGAUACAAUUUGCGGACUACGUCUUCCCGGCAUUCGAUCAGAUGGCGAAGGGGCUCCUGCUGGCAGCAAUCCGGAGCAACGACCCUUGCAUUUUCAUGGAGCCAAAAGUGCUGUACCGAGCAGCUGUUGAGCAAGUUCCCGUUGCGCCGUACGAGCUGCCGCUGUCCAAGGCCGAGGUCCUGAAAGAGGGCAAGGAUUUGACCAUCAUUUCGUAUGGCCAGCCGCUGUACAUUUGCCAAAAUGCGAUUAAACAGGCCGAGCAGGAUCUGGGCAUCAGCAUUGAGCUAGUCGACCUGCGGACUGUAUACCCCUGGGACAAGGAAACAGUCUUCAAGAGCGUCCAGAAGACAGGGAGGUGCAUGGUCGUACACGAGGCGAUGGUCAAUGCUGGCGUUGGCGCCGAGGUGGCGGCAGCCAUCCAGGAGGACCCGUCCACAUUCAUCCGGCUGGAGGCGCCUGUCGCACGCGUUGCUGGUUGGAGUACACCCACCCCAUUGGUCUUCGAGAGGUUCAACCUGCCAGAUGUUGCGAACAUCAAGGCCCUUACCGUCUCCGAGCCCAGCCUCGUGAAGGAGCUCGGGCCGGCCUUCCAGAAAUACAACGAGGAGCAGUUCACCACAGCCAAGCUGCCGGGAAGCAGUGACCCAGUCAUUGUCAGCUCGCACAACUCGCUGGGAGACGGCCGGUACUACGACGUCGAGAGCUCCACGAGCUUCGAGUUCGAUCAUGCUACGCAGAAGGCCAGCGGGGCCCAGAGCCAUUCCCUCGAGAGCGCGCACUCUGAUCUCGUCAAGUCGACCUUGAAAAGCCUGGGGACAUACGUCAAGGAGCACUUCCCUAACGCAUCUUACGGAGUGUACCCUAUCGAGAAUGACUCGAAGCUGGCCAUUAUCACCGUAGCCAGCAAAUACAGCCCCAACAACUUCUGGAACGGCCGGUGGCGAUCCCUCUACCUCUUCGACCCAUCUGACAGCUCUCUGGAGGGCUCGAUCAAGGUGGACGUCCACUACUACGAGGACGGAAACGUGCGCCUCUUGGCCAACAAGGCGGUCACGGCCUCUGUCUCGUCAGGAACCGGCAGUGGCAUCGCAAAGGAGAUCUCUACGGCGGAGAAGAAGUACCAGGAGGAGCUGAACAAGGGCUUCACGAGCCUGAGCGAGGGCGCGUUCAAGAGUCUCCGGAGACAGCUGCCGGUGACGAGACAGAAGAUCGAGUGGGACAAGGUCGCCAGCUACCGGUUAGGACAAGACAUUGGCGGCGGCAGCUCUAGGCGGUGA